CAGAACGUGCGAGGAGAGACAAUGACUAUCGCAUUUCAGUUUAUCUCAUUUCAUAUAGCGCUUCUCCGUCUCGGAUCAAGGCUUGGUUGUAAUACGAAUCCCUGUAGUGUUUUUCCUUAUGAACUUGUUCACUCCAUCUGGACGAGACCUACUCCAAAUAGAUGUCUUUCCCAUAUAGAUUGAGAUUAUAUUUCAUAUUAUUUUUUUCCCAACGUAUUUUUUGACUCUUCGCGAAAAGCAAUGCAAUCGGAUGAACAGGAUCGGGAGAACCGUGAUACAGCCGAAGCCGAAUGCGAAACUACGCAACAACCACCCAGCGGGACUGCUGGAAACGGCUCCGGUUCGGCUAAUGUUCGAUCCCGUGUCCGGUACUGGCUCAACGAUAUCGUCGAUGAGAUGCGUAAAAAGAGUCCGGCAUCGGUCCAGAAAUGGGUCGACUCGAUACAGAUCCCUGGCCCGGCCGGUGCCGGACCCAGUGCCGAACCAGGACCAUCCUCUGCGGAGUUAGCAGGACAACAUGGCAGUCACACUUAUGUGGUUGAAUCGACCGGACUGACCGAGUCCGGUGAUUCGGGUUCCGAGUUGGACCGAGAAAGCAAUGAAGAUGUACUUAGAAUCGAUGCUCCCGUUUCUACCUCCGACGAGGAGUUUUUACCCUCCGCAAGUCCACAAGUCGAGCAUCGAAGCGACGCUGGCUCUGCCAUGUCCAUAAAGAGCUUGCUCUCGAAAAAGUCGUUACUGGAAAAGUUCAGCCGCAGUAACACGAAUUUACAGGAGAAGGAAGCUCACAUGGCGGUGGAACAGGAGUCGGUGGAUCUACCAACGGAGGACGAAUCUCGCAAGGGCACUUCGCUGGCAUCGAUCGGAAAGAUCAAGAUCAACGAGUUCUAUGACAGGCUGAGCAUGAACAAGGCAAAGUACAACCUGAUUAAAGCUAAGAAGAUCGACAUACGUAACAUGCUCGGUGCGAGCAAGGAUAAUCUCGUACAGAAAGUUCAUCAGGCAGCAGAAUCCAAGUCGGAAGAAUCGAUCAUUGUGAAGGAAGAGGAAGAAGGCGGAGUCGAUUCCGUCGUGGUGGAGGGCAGAAGCGAAUUGAAGCAACAGCAAUCUGAGGCAAGUGGAAAGCUCAGCACCGCUGACAUCUACGAGUUCUCUUUUGAUGAAUCAUUUCCCAAGGACGAAGACCUACCGGAUGCCAGUGAGGACGAAGAAAAGGAAAAUCUGGAAAUGCCGACUCAGGUAUAUGAUACUUAUUUGAACCCACCGACAGCCUUCCAUCGAAUGGGUAUAGGUAAAAUCGGGCGGAGCUCUAGUGAGAAUCCAAGCGCCAACAUCAAGCGCUACAAUUUGCUGGAUAUCGGUCGAAGUUUUAGCGAAAUGAACGAUGACGACAACUUCGUUAUUAGUGAGUGCAACAAUAGUUGCCCAAAUCCGUCAUCAUUGAACACCAGCUCCAGUAUCAACAAUAGCAGCAGUAACAUUCUGGCCCGAUCCGUGCCCGUUAGUCCCAUCCCUAGGACGUCCAGCAAAAUGAGCAUUCAGCAGGAAAUUUCCCUCUCCGAAUCUCCUCGACGCCGGAGCGCAAUGCUAAUGAAGGAAAGCUCAUUGCAAUCCGAUUCUAGUCGAUGCUCUAGCGUAGAAAGUCUACUGAAUGCUCGCAAACCGGACCCGGAACGGAUACUACUGAAUCUUGGUUUUGGCCCGGCACCGCAUAGUACGGAUGUUCUGUCGAAAAUUCCGAAAAGAUUCCUCAAACCAUCCCAGGUGCGCGGGGUGGACACGGAAGCUUUCCUCCGUCAACAGCAACUGUCAAUGCACAUUCAUGAGAAUAGCGUCCUCGGAUACCGUGGAUUAGUCGGAAAUCCGCACAUCCCACCAUCGAUGAUAGUAGCGAAAAUAAUGGAGCGUUUUCAGGAGAACGACCGAGGCCGAUUAGUACGCAGUCGUACCCUGGGUCGGGGAGGACCCGUCGAAAUGUCCACCUCAGCACCAACCGAAGGUGGACACAUGGACAGCCGCAAUUCUUCCGGCCCUCCAUCACCAAUUCCGAUUCCGCGCCAUCCAUCUCUUGCCUCAGAAGGGCGGGUCUAGUUUUUUCUGUCCCAUUUUUCCCCCUUCGAACCAAACGGACUGUGCACGUCGUUUUAUAGUAUACUAUUUACAAUCACAACUUGACUUAAUCGAGCUUCGGAAUAGUUCUAUCGUACCUUUUUUUAUUGUUUUUUGAUAACUCCAUUCCUCCGGAGAAGACUUAGUGUUGUUUUGUAUUGAAGAAAAUAAUAUUUUAAUUACACAUUCCUCUUCGUCUGAUGCAAAUCAAACAAACUCAGUAUUCGACAUCCGGUUGAUGAUUACAAGACUAAGACAACGCAUGAUUCAUAUUUUUGAUAGUGAUUUUCCCUAGCAACGCAUUCACCUAUAUACUUAUAAGAUGGACUUUGAAACCUUAUGACAGAAAUCAAAAUGAUAAAAAAAUAAAGUUGGAAAAGGAAAGCUUUAAAAAAAAGUUAGGAAACAAUACUGCACACACACAUAUCUAUUUGUAUGACAUGAGAUGUGAAGCUGAAUUUUAUGGCUGCUACAACUGCACCUUUUAAGUCGAUAUUUUUUGAUUCAAUUUCUCUCUUUAAAAAUUUGCCUAUUCAAGCUAUUAAUAAUUUUUAAAGUGUAGUCAGUGAAAUUCUUUUGAGAACAUUUGAAAAUCGUGAUGCGUGACAACAUUAUCUUAGCCGUCUUAUAUUAGCCGAUGACAAGUAAAUCUAGAACUCAAAGAAUCUCUGUCAAACAAUUAUUUAGAAAAUAACAUAUUUAUAUGAGUAGGAAAUAAAUAUAGGCUUAAAAGCAAUUAUUGUUGAAAACUGGUAA